AUGCCACGUCGAAAUUACCUUGCUUCCGCCCUCUUUUCCGACCUGGAGCCGAAUGCUGUCUCACCUAUCUCGGCACCGCAUAAUGUUGUCUAUGACAUUCUGCUUGCUGAGGAUAAUCUAAUCAACCAGAAAUUAGCAGCCAAGAUCCUGGAGAAGUAUGGGCACACAGUUGUGAUCGCGGAGAAUGGAAGUUUAGCUGUCGAAGCUUUCAAGGCACGGGUACAAGUAAACAAGCCAUUUGACAUUAUCUUGAUGGAUGUAUCGAUGCCUGUCAUGGGAGGAUUGGAGGCGACUGAGCUCAUACGAGCGUAUGAGAUGCAUAAAGGACUCUUACGAACUCCUAUCAUCGCCCUCACUGCUCAUGCUAUGAUCGGUGAUCGCGAGCGAUGCCUGCAGGCAGGUAUGGACGAUCACAUCGCCAAGCCCCUUCGUCCUGGAGAACUCUUGAAUUCGAUCAACACUCUCGUAAGCUGGCGCGCACAGUUAGCCAUGCGGCAUUACCUCCACUACAUGCCACCUGCUCUCACGGCACCAUGA